AUGGGCCGAUACCCGUAUACGGAUCAGUUCCCGUACACGGACCCAUACCUAAACCUUUAUACAUAUAUGGACCCGCACCCGUAUCCAUACAUACAUCAGCCAAAUCCCGUACAUGGCCGAUUCCCGUACACGGACCAGUACCCGUACCCGUUUCCAUACCCGUACACUCACAAGGACCAGUACCCGCACCGGUACCCGUACCCGUACACGAACACGAACCCGUACGCGGACCCGGAUGUGACGGACAAUCAGGACCUGCAAUCUAGUGUAGGUGAUGUGGUUGACAAUCAGGACCUGCAAUCUAGUGUAGGUGAUGUGGUUGACAAUCAGGACCUGCAAUCUAGUGUAGGUGAUGUGGUUGACAAUCAGGACCUGCAAUCUAGUGUAGGUGAUGUGGUUGACAAUCAGGACCUGCAAUCUAGUGUAGGUGAUGUGGUUGACAAUCAGGACCUGCAAUCUAGUGCAGGAGAUGUGGUUGACAAUCAGGACCUUCAAUCUAGUGUAGGUGAUGUGGUUGACAAUCAGGACCUGCAAUCUAGUGCAGGAGAUGUGGUUGACAAUCAGGACCUGCAAUCUAGUGUAGGUGAUGUGGUUGACAAUCAGGACCUGCAAUCUAGUGUAGGUGAUGUGGUUAACAAUCAGGACCUGCAAUCUAGUUCAGGAGAUGUGGUUGAUAAUCAGGACCUUCAAUCUAGUGUAGGUGAUGUAGUUGACAAUCAGGACCUGCAAUCUAGUGUAGGUGAUGUAGUUGACAAUCAGGACCUGCAAUCUAGUGUUGGUGGUGUGGCUGACAAUCAGGACCUGCAAUCUAGUGUAGGUGAUGUGGUUGACAAUCAGGACCUGCAAUAUAAUGUAGGUGAUGUGGUUGAAAAUCAGGACCUGCAAUCUAGUGUAGGUGAUGUGGUUGACAAUCAGGACAUGCAAUCUAGUGUAGGUGAUGUGGUUGACAAUAAGGACCUGCAAUCUAGUGUAGGUGAUGUGGUUGAAAAUCAGGACCUUCAAUCUAGUGUAGGUGAUGUGGUUGACAAUCAGGACCUGCAAUCUAGUGUAGGUGAUGUGGUUGACAAUCAGGACCUGCAAUCUAGUGUAGGUGAUGUGGUUGACAAUCAGGACCUGCAAUCUAGUGUAGGUGAUGUGGUUGACAAUCAGGACCUGCAAUCUAGUGUAGGUGAUGUGGUUGACAAUCAGGACCUGCAAUCUAGUGCAGGUGAUGUGGUUGAAAAUCAGGACUUGCAAUCUAGUGCAGGUGAUGUGGUUGACAAUCAGGAUUUGCAAUCUAGUGUAGGUGAUGUGAUUGAUAAUCAGGACCUUCAAUCUAGUGUAGGUGAUGUGGUUGAAAAUCAGGACUUGCAAUCUAGUGCAGGUGAUGUGGUUGACAAUCAGGACCUGCAAUCUAGUGCAGGUGAUGUGGUUGACAAUCAGGACCUGCAAUCUAGUGCAGGUGAUGUGGUUGACAAUCAGGACCUGCAAUCUAGUGUAGGUGAUGUGGUUGACAAUCAAGACCAGCAAUCAAGUGUAGGUGAUGUGGUUGACAAUCAGGAUCUGCAAUCUAGUGUAGGUGAUGUGGUUGACAAUCAAGACCUGCAAUCUAGUGUAGGUUAUGUGGUUGACAAUCAGGACCUGAAUCUUGUGCAGGAGAUGUGGUAG